AUGAAGAUCCGUCAAGUCCCACCUGACGGAACAACCCCGUCCCGCGCACUUCAGGCGACUUACCACCCAAGAACUCGAACGGAUGAAUCGUCGCCUCGACGAGGUCGAUUCGAAAGUUCAUCGCGCCACCAGCUCAGCUCCGGAAUUGACGAAAGCACUCGCCGAUACCCGAAGAAGCCCGCUCACCCGCAGGCUCCGCCAGAUGAACUACACGAAAGAGUUCGACUCAAAAUCGACUCUUACACCGGCGAAGAAGACCCCAAGAAGUGGCUAACCGCGUUCAACCUCGCCAUGAGGAGGGAGAAAUACAAAUCUUACGAUGAAAGGGAGGCCAACUACUGUCAAGUAUUCGUCGAGCACAUGGCGAAAGAUGCCUUGACCUGGCGAACCAUUGCGCAGCUUUAUGGAAAGUUCAAACAAGCAGCCCGUGACACUGGCGACAUGCCCGAUAGCGUCCCGCUGGAAGCACUCCGCAACGGCCUCUGGUACGACUCCAAGUUUAAGGAGGAUUUGUCACUAAAACCCCCUGCGACUCUGGAGGACGCGUUCCACCGCUCUCGGAACUACAUCUUCCUCGAGGAAGACCAACGCUUCUACGAGAAGCAUGGAGAUAGGAGGGCAACCUCGUCAAAACCCAGAGAAGAACCCAUGGAGGCACGAAGAAGACACGAUCCGAAGAGGUCUCUCCUCGCAGCGUUCGCAGCAGCCGACGAUGAGUCCGAGCAAGAGCACGCAGCGGCGUUUCGAUGCCACAGGACAUCAACCUCGCUCGGAGAUGACAACGACACCAAAGCUUUCUGCAAGUUCCACGGGCGAACUGGCCACGCCACUGAAAACUGCAAACACCUUAUGAGCAACCUUAUGCGCAUGUACCAUCGAGGAGAAAUCCCGCCAAUGGACGGCGAUAGGUCCCAAGGAAAAAGCUUCCCGCCGAGACCACCAAAAUCUGGGCAACAGGAGAAGCGCGGACGACAACCCCGUCCAAGGAAGGAUGCAGAAAAGCCGGAAGCCCGCCUGGGAAGAGGAAUCGUGACGACCACGACGACCUACCCCACCACCGAAGCGACAAGACGCAAGCGGAUUAGAUAUCCCCCACCUCGACCCCCUCGUGGUCACUUGCAGAUUCACGACUGCGAUGUCGCAAAGGUUCUAAUUGACACUGGGAGCACGGUGAACCUCAUCUUCCUAGAGACACUGGAUCGCAUGGGAGUGGAACAGGAAUCCAUCAAACCCGCAUCCCGUCCCCUCACCGGCUUCACCGCCGAAUACACCUAUAGUUGCGAACAGUUCGGCUCCCCGUUUAUGUCGGCGGAAUUUCGAAGCUCUUGA